AUGGGGGAGAAGAAGGUGGUGUUGGAAGUAGUGGUGGUGGUGGUGAUGGUGGUGGGCAUGUGGGGUGGGAGGGGAUGGGCGCUGUCGUGCGGAGAUGCGGUGAGUUCGUUGGCGCCCUGCGGGGGGUACCUAACGGGAAUCGGGGAGGGGAAUCCGUCGGCACAGUGCUGCGAGAGGGUGCAGUCGCUGGGGCGGAUGGCAGCGACGGGCCCGGAGAGGAAGGCCAUCUGCGAGUGCUUCAAGCAGACGGCCCCUUCCUUUGGGGUCAAGCCUGACCGCGUUACCCACAUGCUCACCUUCUGCAAGCUUCGCCUUAACCUCCCCAUCAGCCCCAACGUCGACUGCUCACGGUAUACAUCUCUUCCCCCUGUCUCUCUCUCUCUCCAUCCUUCUAUCUUCUAA